AUGUCUUACAGUCACGCAUGGGGUCAAGGUGGUAGUGAGAGUCAAACCAUCACAGUUGGCUCCACUGCCAAUGUGUCUGUCGAGUUAGAUCCUGGUGAAUCAGUAAAAGCUUUACUUACGGCAAGUAGGGGAGUCAUGAAAGUACAAAUCGUCUAUCACGCAAAUGUGAUCGGUAACGUGGUUGUGGAUUAUUCAAAAGGAUACAAAGGCCAUCACUACUGGUGCUUUGACGUCUCCGAAAUCAGAGCAUCCAUAGACAACAAUGAUCCAUUAGAGUUCAAGGAAGAUAUCGAAAUCGGUUUCUUCGCAAAUGCAGAUGUUGAAUUGGAAGAUCAUGAUGAAUCAACUACUAAUAAAGAUAAGAAAAAAGACGAACAAAAUGGCACAAGUAAAAAACUGAAUUGUGAUGGCCGUGCUUGUAAUACGUGUGGCAAGUGUGUUGACUGGCAAAUUGGUGGGAAUCAAGAGACCUGGAAUUGGAUUCGUAAAUUUAACUCUUGGAAAGAUGGAGACUGGGAUCGUUGGCGCAAUGAUGGUGUUUGUAAGAGUUUCAUCAAAGGCGAUGGUGCUACAUGCAAAGAUGUUGCUGAGUGUGGUAGUGAAGAAGGUUCUGCACGUUAUCAUUCUUACAUUUUUCUAGUUCAUGUCUGCUUUUGCCAACCGCGUCUAAAAGCCGAGGGAGGACAACAAGCACCAAAUGCAUGCACGCAACAGUGA